UCCAUGGAGCCUUCUGAAGUGCCAUCUUCUGCACCCACAGGAGUGCUGGACUUGCUGUUGGAUAAUCUACCCAGUCAAACAUUGGCUAGGAUCAACAAUGGCAGUGAAACUCCCCAGUGGAGAGCAUGGAAUUGGCUUGUGAAUCAUCAAAACAUCACAUUUCUUUUAGAAUGGAGAAAGGAGCAGCUGUUUGCACUAGCUACAUUCUACUAUGCCUUUGAGGGGGACAAUUGGAACCCUCUAAUAAAGGGGUUUGGGUGGAUGGAUGACACAGUAGGAGAGUGCAACUGGUUCUCCAAUGGAUUUGGAUACUUCUAUGAAGGAAAAUUCUACGAAUAUCGUGGGCAGCUUUCCUGCAACAGCCAUGGCAAAUUUACCUCUCUUUGGUUGGAAGACCUCCAGCUUGCUGGUUUGACACCCUCUAUUCCACCAGAGAUCACCAUGUUGACUUCUUUGUCUCACCUUUAUUUGGGUAACAAUGACAUUGCAGCAUCAAUUUCAUCUCUGCUUCCAGCAGAAUUGUAUGAGAUGACAGAUUUGGCUGCUGUUGUAUUGUAUGACGACCACUUGACUGGCAAUCUCCCAAGUGAGCUUGGACAACUCACUGCUUUGUAUCAGUUGUUUUUGUUGGAACAUCAGUUAUCAGGUCAGAUUCCUUCAGAGCUUGGACACCUAACUGGCUUACAUGAGCUGGCGUUUUGGGGAAACCAGUUCACUGGGCGAAUUCCUUCUGAACUUGGAAGACUCACUAACAUGUCUCGCUUGGAGUUUACCAUAAAUCAGUUCACCGGACCCCUUCCAUCAGAGCUUGGAAGACUCUCUGAACUGUCACAACUUGGGUGCAAUGAUAAUCAGUUCACUGGACCAGUCCCCUCUGAGUUUGGACAGCUGAUUGCUUUGUUUGAGUUGAAUUUGGAUGGAAAUCAAUUGACCGGACCUGUGCCCUCUGAGUUUGGACUUUUGACAAAUUUGGGUUCUCUGAAUCUAUCUGGCAACCAUGGCUUGUCUGGCACAAUCCCAGAGAAGCUAUGCCUCUUGCAGAAUGUGUCUUGCACCUAUGAGACAGCUUGGCGCACUGAGCCCUGCCAUCUUGGGUUUGAAUGUACCUCUGUUUUGUGUGGAUGUAACUGUGCCUGUUCCAAUGAUUCUCAAACAGAAGGAGGACAUAGAUACUGAAUUACAAUGUUUUGAACAGAGGAUGCUAGUAUAUAUGAUUCCGAUUGUGCCCUAGCUAGCUACCACAAUCACUUUGAAAAGUCAGUCCGUACGUGCGGCAUUGCAGUUCAUCUCUUUUUUAGUUUUUGGAAACAGUAGCUAUACUUUUACCACAGUAAAGCUAAGUCAAGCUAGCUGUAAACUUCUCUCGUACAGCCCGUUCGUGAAAGCGUGUGAUAAUAAAUAAUAAACUAUUUCAAUGCAUACUCAGCGGCGAGCACAGGCAAUGCCACUUCAUGAGCAGUUCCUUGACACGUCCGACCGACUCCAUGGGCUCCUCUUUUCGAUGCGCGAGCAGUAGAUGCAACCAAUCGUCGGCAAUAUCCUCGUCCGUCUUUGGUUUGCCGACUUUCAUUUGAUCGUAGUGCGCUUGGGGUACCGGACAGGUCGUGAAGAAACAGGGCACGGCGUAACGAAUUCCCGAUGUGAUUUUUUCCACCUCGUGCAUGUUCUCCCACCCCGAGGAGAAAAUGGCAGCCGCUCCGCGGGUGGGUGCAAAGGGCGUCAUUUUUCGUCCCGCCUUGCGAAUCUCGUCGGACAGCGAAAUGUACGCGUCCUCGUCUUCGUCGGCCACCUCAAUGACCAUAUCAUCCUCGGGGAGCUCUUCUCCAUUGAGUAUCUUUUGCUCGAGUGCCUUGAGCGCCUCGUUUUCUUCAUCGCUCUUUUGGGCCUCCAUUUCCGCUUCUGUCUGUGCAUCGGGAUCGGGGUCAUUAAAGACAAAACUCCCGCCUUCAAAGUCUUCUCCCUGUGUACUCAAAUACAGUACGCACGAAUAGUGAUAUCCCGAAUGAGUAGCUUCAUCGGUAUGAAGCGUGACAAAAUCUCCUUCCCCACCGCCUCCUCCUUUUUGCGUGGUUCCCGCCACGUAUUUGCGCGAAUACGCUUGCAACGGGAGAAUGGUCGACAAUGGCAGUCCGUAUUCAUGCGCAAUAGUACGACGCACUCGUUCAAUGAGUCGUACAAAUUGCAAAAUAGUCUUGGCGGAUACCUUUUCCAAAUUGUUGAAUGUAAACGACGCCAAUUCGGGAAAUGUCUCGAGAUCACUUUCGGGUGUCAAUGCAAAUGUCGGAAAAAAAUUGCGACUGCAUGCAUCGCAGCAAUCCCCUCCUUCGCAGCACCGGCCUUCUUUCAACGGCAAAUCUUUAUGGGCCGAAUCGUCAAAAAUAUAAUUCAUACGUCGCGCGGCUCCUCCGACACCCACGGAAUCGUCCGGUUGCAUGCACGUGACAUUGGUGGUCUGUUUUUCUCUUUUUAGCAGCAAUUUGUGAUCGGCGUCAAAAAUGUGAUGCAGCAUAAUGGGAACAUUUUCCGACAAUGGCUGAUCUGCCGCUUCGGCCGUGUCGACGGCAUUGACAACGGCCCAAAAGGCAGCGUUGGUCGUGUCGUCGUCCAUUUCCACGUUGCCAGAUUCGAGCAACUUCGUAACGGCGUGUCCGUCCAUUUGAGUGGCGGCCUGAUAGAGCUGCUCUUCAAGAGAACCACCAGUAGAUUGAUCAUCAUCAUCAGCUGCUGCUGAGUCUUCCUGUAUCUUGAGGACGUCCACAUAAUCCUCAAUUCGUAACAUGGCUGCCUUCAAGUCAGAAACUUCGCUGCUACUGAGCGAAUCGGGACCCUCCUUGAUGCGCUUUUCCAACGUUUCCAGGCAAACUUUGGCCUCAUUCGUUUCGGCCGACAUGGACAGCCUUGAGCUUUUCCAAAGGACACGAGGAGAUGGGGCAAAAGCCACGACAUCCUUGGCAAUCCAGGAUGCCAACAGAAUGGCAGAGACAGUUACGAGUUCUCUCAUUUGGAUUGGGACAGUCAAUUGGGUCAACGGUGCAAUGAUAUUGGACUUUUGUCUCCACAAUUUUAUGAGAGUUGCUUCAAAGAUCUUUCUUUCUAUUGGGAUUGCGUGGUCUCCACCCAUCACCCGUUGGGAUUUGGGCAUGGGAACUGUGGCACCUCGUGCGUCAGUUGACUCACGAAUAAGAGUUUUAGUCAACAUUGAUACGGUUAGAGUUAUUUGGUGAUGAAGGUUCCGCUCACGGAAGAACAACUGCGCCACGCCCCUUUGCCACACCACCAAGGGAGGUGCUGACUGCCUUUUGUGGUUACAAUACUAUGGUUACUAUGUCCGUUUGUCAAUUCCAGCGCUGGUUUGGUUGAUAGCCGUGCUCAGAGGGUCAUCCUCAUGGUCAUGUAUUUCUAUUAUGGGUAUGUUAUCGUUCGCGUUUCUACAGAGACAAUAUCAAACAAGAAGUGUGCUCAAUCCUUCACAUCCUGAGGGACAUUGUCGAAGAUGGGACCUCCUCACUCCAGGCAGCUCUCCAUGCCUGAACCAUCCCAAGGCUGAUUGGUAAUGAUGGUCUUGAGCUCCAAGGCUACGGGGAUUGGGAUCCCCUGUUGGCAAGCUCACUCAUGAGGAGGUGGCUCCCGGGAGCUCUGCGGAACAUCAGAAGAACAGCUGCGGAAGGCAGCAAGCCUUGGAUAAAAGGGGUCCAUAAUUGCUUACGCUUCGGAUGUGCUCCAGAACUACAUGUACUGUAGCUCUGUAGCUCUAGUACACGUAGGAAUUAAGUCAGUGGCGACAGUUACGGUACGAGAGGUACCGGUAACUCGAGCACAGUAAACUAUUUCUUUUGAAUGUAUGUGCAAUAACCCUUUUGGUCUAGUACGGUAGUCAAUGCAUAGAAGCACCUAAAGCAUGCUAAAAUCGCCACACACGAGAAAGAAUGAGGAGAGUGACAGUCAGUCCCGGUAUGUCUCGCUCAUUCCAAAAACGAUCAUCGCCACCGUUCUAAACAAACCAUAGCUCCUAGAGACGGUCGUCUUCCAACUGCUCGCUUGUUACGUUAUGUUGCCACACAACCAUCUAUGCAUACAGUAUCAGUGGUAUGGUAUUCCCGCAUACAGAUAACUUACCAAGCUGGCUCCGAGCAGCUAUCAAAACAAGCACGGGAACAGUGCCAUUAUCGCGCUCAGCGCCAUUAGCAUCUGUGAAAUUCUAAAAAGUGCCUGUCACCAUGACGAGUACUGCCAGCAUCGGCCGUCAACGGAGCUCCAUGUCUCUGCCUCGUCCAUCUCUGAAGAACGAUUCUUCUGAGGAAAAGCACCUCGUGUUGAGUCACUUUCGUCGUCGUCCGGAAGAAAUGACGAUUCUCCAUGCGCUUGCCAUGGCCCGCGAGACUCGGACGGUGCAGGUGGUGAUGGUGGGUGGCAGCAGUGGAGUUGGCAAGACCACGACAGUGACCAUGGCGUUGCAGAAUAGUAUUAAUAGUGCUCAGGAUUGCUGGAGAGGUACUGCCAAAUUCGAACGACGCAAGUCCCCACUGCCAUUUGCCCCGCUCCGACAGUUGCUAAGCAGUCUCUGUCAAGUCAUGCAAGCAUCAGAACUACGAGAGGAAUGUCGACAAAUCUUACUCAAGACUCUUUCCUCCAGUCACAUUCACAUAUUAUCGGGUCUCGCCACCACCCAUCUACAAGCCUUACUCGACGAGGACGACGAUGGACCCGAUGACAUUAGUCAAUGCAGUACCGGGACACUCUCCACAAUCAGCAGUCAGCAGAGCAAUCAGAGUCUGGUGGUUGAGGAAUCCUUUGGUACUGAUGACGAUGAGAAGGAAAGUAGUGACACCAGCAACACAACAGCCAUUGUCAAAACUCCCACCUUUGGAUCCACCAGCUCCGCCUCCUCGUUGCAUACCAAAGACAUUGACGGGAACACACUCCACGAACUCAAAAUGGCGGUACGUGCGUUCCUACAGGCCAUCACCACACUACGACCCGCUAUUCUGUGUAUGGACGAUAUCAUGUGGAGCGAUGAUGCCACAUUGCAAGUCUUACAGGGACUGUUACAGGUAGAAACUACGAAGGGGAUACUCGCUUGCAUCACGCAUCACAACGACGUCGAUCAUGAAUCGAAACAUUGGAGUACCUGGAAAACCACACUGCAAGGUAGUGACGCCGUGCACUCCAUGGUCCUACGCAACUUGACACUGUCCGAAGUCACCGCUCUGUUGGCCGAUUCCAUGGGAAUGGACGUGACUACCAAUACCAAACCACCGCAUCGAGUCGAAGAUCUGGCCGAGCUCUGUUAUGGAUACACACGCGGCAAUCUAUUCUUUUUAGCGCAAGUCAUUGAAAACCUACAAGAGACGCAGUUGCUGCAGUAUGAUCGACUAAAGAUGCACUGGAGGUAUGACACCGAUGAAAUCAAGAAAGGACAAACGUCACUCUCCAAUAAUGUGCUGCAAGUCGUCUCGAGUCGACUGGAACUCUUGCCGGAGCACGCACGGCAAACACUCCAAUUGGCGUCCUGCUUUGGAUCUCGCGUUACCAAAGAGGUACUCGAAGUGUGUCAAUCCGUCUUGAGCAGCGACGAUACUACUACCAAAACGGAGAGCCUGCAACUACUCUGCAGUACCGAAUUCUUGACUUGUUUGGCUAGUACCGAACAACGAUUCUACCAGUUCUCGCAUGAUUCCAUUGAACUGGCGGCCUUCUCCUUGUUACCAUCCCAAGACGGCCAAGCCAUGGCCCAGCUUCAUUGGAAAAUUGCGGCUCUUCUCAUGGGACAUUUGCCGCGCGCACCCAAGGACGAUUGGCUCUUUUUUGCCUGUGUCGAUCAACUCAACUUGAGCGCGGGUCUGGCGCAGACGCUCGAAGAGCGCAUUCAAAUCGCCACGCUAAACUUGAAAGCCGGUGCUCGAGCGGCCGCAAUGUCGGCCUUUUUGCCAGCCUCCAACUAUUUGAGGGCUGGGAUUAUUGCCUUGGGACCUGAUCCCUUUACCGUGGAAGAUACCUACGAUUUUGCGAUUCUCUUGCAUUCGCUCUACAGCAAGACACUGUAUUGUGUGGGGAAUAUUGUCGAGAGCCGGGACAUGGCCGAGUUGGUAGUUUCCAGUGCCAAGACGGAACCGGAAAAGGAAGCGCCCUCUUUUACAUUGAUCAAGUGUUACUUUGCCGAAGAUGAAGGCGACAAACUCGUAGAUCUGUGUUUCGAACAGCUAAAACGCCUGGGGAUUCAGCUGCCCAACAACCCUGGGACCUGGCAGGUGCAAAUGGAACAAAGGAGACUGUACCAGACGAUCCGAAAGUAUCCUGACGACGAAAAGUUGUUGGCUCUAUCUCGCAUGAACGACGACACCAAAGCGUUGGCACUGCGGAUUCUCUGUGAGCUUGUCUUUACGUUGCAUCACCAGGGAAGAACGGCGCUCCUGGGGCUGGUCACUUCUCAAAUGUUCCAGAUCACAGCCAAGUACGGGUAUUGCAGAUACACACCGGAAGUCUUUGCCGUGGUGGGAGCAUACUUAUCCAGCCGGGGUCAGAUCAAGGAGGGACUUCGCUUUGCCGCCUUGGCCGAAAAGCUGCUCGAGUAUCCUUACUACAGCCGGAACCAAGAAAUCAAAGGACGAGCCUACGUCUACAUUGCUGCGUUUACCAAGUGGUGGGUUCUUCCAAUCCCAAAGAGCUUGGAUCUCCUCAUCGCGGGCAAUGAAAAUUGCAUGGCAUCUGGCUGCAUUCCCUACGCUUGUCACAGUCAAAUCCUUUACUCCACCAACUUUUUCUACAGCGGGCUGCCGACAGAGUCAUUGUUGCACAAUGUUGAGAACUUCUGCACACUCAUGCUCGAGUAUAAGCAAGAAAGGGCCUUCUUGGUGCUGACGCCACUCUGGCAAUGCUUACUCAAUCUAGCCGGGCAAUCUUUGGAUCCAUUGGACAUGAAAGCGGGGUAUGCUCAUGAGCAGCGACAAGUGGUGCUCGACAAAGCGUCGGGCGAUGCUUCAGCCUGUUAUAUCAACUGCUAUGGGAUGCAGCUGGCCUACUACUUGGGCGAUUUGGACAAGGCCAUUGAGUAUUCGAAGCAGCUCAAGGAGAACUUCAAUGGGUUGAGCAAGGCUUGCGUUAACUAUGUCACCCAGCUCUUUUUCUUUGCGUUGAUUGCACUUGCCCGGUAUCGAAAAGACAAGAAGAGAGUGUUUCGAGAUGAAGCCCAAAAGUACAUCAAAGUGGUGCAUGGGUUGGUCAAAGGUGGUGGCAUGAACAUUCUCCACAAGUUCCAGCUUCUGGAAGCAGAGUUGGCCGCUGUCCUGCCAAACACGUCGGUCGAGGAUGGGUGCAAAAAGUACAGCGAGGCCAUUGUGUCUGCCCAACAAGCAGGCUUUUUGCAGGAUGCUGCCCUGGCCAAUUACCUGUGCUUUUGGUUUCGUAAGAGCCGGAGUGAUGAGGACGAAGAAUCCUGUGGGCAUCACUUGGAACAAGCGUACACACUUUGGAGGACUUGGAAUGCUCAUGCUGUGGCAGAUUCGUUGGCAGACAGACACCCGGACGACUUUGCCAGUAUUCUGGCAUCAGAACCGAUUCCAAAACCAUGCAUUCCUGCGAAGUCGGAAGGUUUUCCAUCAAUGUUGGCGGAUCAGCAUAGACCACUACCCAUACUUUAGGACAUGGACAACUAUAUCCUCCUAAAACUACCUCGUCCUUUUGUAGCAUUUGGCUUCUAGCUAGUAUUGUGAAAGAAACUUCAGCGUGAAAUGCGUGGAACUUUCCC